AUGUAUACCUAUUUGAUAUUCCAAACUACAGAGGGAUUUCUCCUAUGUGCCAUGGCCUACGACCGCUAUGUUGCUAACUGCAAUCCUUUACGCUACAACAGCAUCAUAACAAUCAACAUGUGUGUGUUCCUGGUCUCAACAGCAUGGGCUUUGGUGAUGAUUCUUCCGGCAUUGAAUGUCAUUCUUGCACCAAAACUACCUUUCUGUAGUAAUCAGAUAAUGUAUUGGUUUUGUGAUUAUCCUCCGAUUGUUAGAUUAUCUUGUUUGGACACAACAUUAUUGAUAGAUCUAGCCCUCGCAUUUGCUUUAUUUGUGAUGUAUGUUCCAUUCACUGUCAUAAUUUGGUCAUAUUGUAAAAUCAUCAAAUCCGUUUGCAAAAUUGUCACAUCUGAAGGGCGGAAAAAAGAUUUAUCUACCUGCUCCUCUCAUCUCAUUGUUGUCUUUACCUUCUACGUUGCUCAUCCGUGUGUCUACAUCAGUGCUAAAUCAUAUCCUAUUCGUCCCAAUGUGCUCAUCUAUUGUCAACUGUUUUUUUAACUCCUCUUGUGAAUCCACUUGUUUACAGUUUCAGGAAAAAACAGCACAAGGCAGCACAAGAUUGUCUGUUGCAUAUCAGCAUUUGCUGUUAACAUCUAGCUAGCCGAUGGAGUUUGUUAAGAGUUUGUCGAGCAUCUAUCCAUGUACAGUGGGGAGAACAAGUAUUUGAUACACUGCCGAUUUUGCAGGUUUUCCUACUUACAAAGCAUGUAGAGGUCUUUGGAGGGAGCUGAAAGUCCGUAUUGCCCAGCGACAGCCCCGAAACCUGAAGGAUCUGGAGAAGGUCUGUAUGGAGGAGUGGGCCAAAAUCCCUGCUGCAGUGUGUGCAAACCUGGUCAAGACCUACAGGAAAUGUAUGAUCUCUGUAAUUGCAAACAAAGGUUUCUGUACCAAAUAUUAAGUUCUGCUUUUCUGAUGUAUCAAAUACUUAUGUCAUGCAAUAAAAUGCAAAUUAAUUACUUACAAAUCAUACAAUGUGAUUUUCUGGAUUCUGUCUCUCACAGUUGAAGUACCUAUGAUAAAAAUUACAGACCUCUACAUGCUUUGUAAGUAGGAAAACCUGCAAGAUCGGCAGUGUAUCAAAUACUUGUUCUCCCCACUGUAUAUAGACAUUUUAGAGGAUCAAAAUUAAGUGUUUGACCUAAUUAAUCAGAAACUAUGUGGCCCAGUCAUAAGCAUACAUAUUGAUGCAAGCUGGGAAGGGCUGCACAUAAGAAAGUAAUUCUUAUUGUUUGUUUUAGCUCUGCUCUCAUUUGCCACGAAUGCCAUUAACGUACCAAUCAAUGCAGUUAUUAGGCCACCUACUGUUGUGUGAAACCCUGAUUGGCUGGAAUAAUCCCAGGAAACCAACUAUGUUCUGAACUAGGCGAGAGCUUGCAGUCAGAGGAGGUGUGUGGAAGCCCCUGGGAACUGCAGGAGCGCCAUAAAAUAGACAGGACAACAGAAACACAACACUUGGUCUCUAGAUCAAGUCCACAUGAUGACCUGUACAUUGAGAUAAACUAGUCAUAUUGUCAAGCCACUAUCAGGUGUUUGAACUUUUCCAUUUUCUUCUGUGAAUUAAGUCUUGUUAGGUGAAUUAUUUUUUGCAAAAGGUGUUCAGCAGCAUUGUUUUGUGCACACUACACAGACGGUAAGUGUUACUCUAUGGUGACAGGCAUAUCAAAUCAUUGGUGUUAUUGUGCUAAUUCAAUACCAGAUUCAUCAAUUGAUAAUUUGCAUCAAUGGCUAUUCAAAAUGGUUUAUACUAAACGUAGUGUAUGCUAUAGAGAUGAAUGAUUCAUGUUUGUAUGUCUUUUUUUUUUGUGUCUUUUCACAGAAAUAGUCAAAAUAAUAUCCAAAUCUGGCGUGUCAACAACAUAAAUGCCCUGAAUACAGCUUUUACAAUGUAGAAAGUAAGUGUCUUAUACCAAAUUAGAUCGCCAUCUAUUUCUGUCUUUCUCAAGCAAAUGCUGAUAUUGUGCACCUUUGUAAAAUGAUCUUCCCUUGACCUCCAGAUGACUCUUGCCUUCAAGCCAAUGUGACUGUUGUGACUGACUUCCUCUUCAUUGGGGGUGAGAGAGGGCUGAAAGACUUCUACCUAGAGCUGGCCAUCUUCCUAUUGGUGGUCUACCUGAUGAUCCUGAUUGGAAACCUCAUCAUACUUAGCCUGGUGGCGACAGAACCCAAGCUGCAGUCUGCCAUGUACAUUUUCCUCAGCAACCUGUCCCUCAUAGACAUUGUGAUAUCAACCACUGUUCUCCCUAAGAUGAUAGCAGUGUGCUUGUGGAAUGACACAACGAUCUCCUACUCAGCAUGUUUCCUCCAGUUGUAUAUCUAUUUGUCAUUUGAAACCGUCGAGAGCAUGCUGCUGUGUGUCAUGGCCUAUGACCGCUAUGUCGCCAUCUGCAAUCCCUUACGCUAUAGCAGCAUUAUCACUAAGAGAGUUUGCGGUAUGUUGGCUACAUCAGCAUGGGCAUCUGGACUCACUAUACCUGCCUUCUGUGUCAUUUUCACAGCACAAAUGCCCUUCUGUAGCAACAAAAUUGAUUUUUGGUUCUGUGACUUUCCUCCUGUAGUUUCACUGUCCUGUUUGGACUCAACCUUUUUGAUCGACGUGGCUCUUGUGGGUGCUUUAAUAGCGAUCUAUUUCCCGUUCACUGUCAUUGUUUGGUCCUACUUCAGAAUCAUUGUAGCCGUCUGCAAGAUUGCGUCUUCAGAGGGCCGCAUGAAAGCCUUCUCUACCUGCUCCUCACAUCUCACUGUCGUCCUCACCUUCUACCUCGCUCACUCCUGCGUCUACAUCAGUGCCAAAUCUGAAAACGUUCACUGUAAUGUUCUAAUCUUGAUAUCUAUUGUUAACUGCUUUCUGACUCCUGUUAUGAACCCUAUCAUCUAUAGUUUCAGAAACAAAGAGAUAAAGGCUGCACUGAGAAAGCUCUGUUCUGGUAAGGUCGACUCUGAU